CCUUUAGCAGCGUGUUUUUAAGAUGAUUUGAGAUCAUUAUCUUUCAUGACAAACAAAUCUGAGACUGUUCUCAUGUCCCGUCUGUCCUGCAUUGGUAAUCCUGCGCCUUGCAGAACGAAUCCGCUGGACUGGUGCCUUCCUAUUGAGACGCAAGAAGCAUAGACACAAGCCUGCAUCCGAGCGCAACAACACCAGAUCUUAACAUUUCAACCAACACAGAAACAUACAUUUAAAAAAACAAACUUAGAAAGCACUUUUAAAUCCGGGGGUUACGGGGUUUUUUUUGCCGAGAAGUCGCAUGAGCUGGAGGGAUAGUAUCGACCGGGACAGCAGGAAUGGGAUACCCGGGCAGAGCACAGGGGGGAUGGAUGCUCCUGGUUUGGGUCGCCGCUGUCAGCCUGCUUUUUGCUGAAGGACGGAGAGUGAGGCCGCCCAGAUGCCCGGUUGGAUGUACCUGCACCAAAGACAAUGCCCUGUGUGAAAAUGUCCGAUCGGUGCCUCACACGUUCCCAUCCGACGUGGUUUCACUAUCUUUUGUCAAGUCUGGAUUUAAUGAAAUCGUUGGAGCAAGCUUUGUUCACACUCCUGCUCUGCAACUACUUUUGUUCACAGCGAAUACACUUGAUUUUAUUGAUGAGGAUGCCUUCCUGGGUUUACCACAUCUUGAAUAUCUAUUUAUUGAAAAUAACAGAAUCGCAUCGAUAUCCCCAUAUGCUUUCCGGGGACUGAAAUCGCUGAUUCAUCUGAGUCUGGCUUACAACAACCUUGAGACGCUGCCCAAAGAUGUCUUCAAGGGCAUGGAAGCUUUGACCAAAUUGGAUCUACGUGGAAACAACCUGAUUUGUGACUGCAAGCUCAAGUGGUUGGUGGAGUGGAUUCACCAGACUAACGCCACCCUGGACCAGAUCUACUGCAGUGGCCCACCCAUUUACCAGGGGAAGAAGAUCAAUGACCUGCUGCCACACUCUUUCGACUGCAUGACAGCAGAGUUUGCCUCCUAUCAGUCCCUGAAGUUUGAGUCCAUUUCGGUGGGGGCCUUCACCUUUGGAGACGAUCAGUAUGUUGUGUUUGCCCAACCGUUUGCUGGGACAUGCAGCUUCCUGGAAUGGGAUCAUGUUGAGAUGACCUUCAGGACUUACGACACCAUCGAAAGCACCUCCACUGUGGUUUGCAAGCCUAUGGUGAUUCAUGACCACCUCUUUGUCAUCGUGGCCCAGCUAUUUGGGGGCUCGCACAUUUACAAACGGGACCCAUCCGCCAACAAGUUCAUUAAGAUCCAGGACAUUGACAUCCUGAAGAUUCGCAAACCUAACGACAUCGAGACGUUCAUGAUCGACGGAGAGUCUUUCUUUGUUAUCGCGGACAGCUCUAAGGCUGGCUCCACAACAGUAUACAAAUGGAACGGCAAUGGCUUCUACUCCCACCAGUCGCUCCACCCGUGGUUCCGGGACACAGAUGUAGAGCAUUUGGAGAUCGGAAACAAACCCCACCUGAUCUUGUCGAGCAGCUCCCAAAGGCCUGUCGUCUAUCAGUGGAACAGGAGCCAGAAACUGUUUGAACGCAGGACUGACAUACCGGAUAUGGAGGACGUUUUCUCCGUCAAACACUUCAAGGUCAAAGGUGAGCUGUUUAUAUGCUUGACAAGAUUCAUCGGAGACUCCAAGGUGAUGCGCUGGGACGGUGCCAUGUUCAAGGAGGUCCAGACAUUUCCUUCCCGCGGCUCUAUGGUGUUCCAGCCUGUCUCCAUCGGCAACUGGCAGUAUGCCAUCUUGGGCAGCGAUUAUUCACUGACGCAGGUCUACCAAUGGGACACCGAGAGGGGCCAGUUUGUCCCAUCCCAGGAGCUCAAUAUCCAGGCGCCUCGAGCAUUUUCUAUGGUUUCCAUUGACAACCGGGUGUUCCUGCUCGCAUCAAGCUUCAAGGGGAAAACUCAGAUCUACGAGCACCUCAUGAUCGAUUUGAGUAAUUAAACAUUAAAGAUCUCAUUUGGGACAAUUUAUGUUACACUACAAUUUAAAUGAUUUUCUUCCAUGAUUAGGUUCUUUCAGUCUCAUUCAAAUCCACCAGCAAUUUCCCACCCAGUUUAAACAUUAAGACGUUUUAAGCAAAAGCUUUCUACUUACAACUAUUUAAAGAGGUUUGUAAAGAAACUGUUCAGGACCCCUAGGAUGAGAUGAAUUGCUCGAAAUUCUUAAAAUUGUUAUGAUCAUGGAGUUUCUUUUGAUAGGUCUGACAUUUAAAAUAUAUUUUACGAAGUCCUUUAUGCCUGUGUUUGGCAACCUGUUGGUUCUGUGUCAUUUUGAUAAUCUUCUUCUUUUUUUUCAUCUUGAUUUCUCACUAUUUGGAAAAUUGCCUUACCAUUUGAAAAAACGAAAUUCCACUCAAAGCGCGAAGUGACUAUCUUUCAGGAAACACAAGCUAUGAAAUGAUCGCUUUUGUCUUUUAUUCAACACUGCAGGUGUAACUUUUUGUAACGUUUUUUUAACACACAGUAUACAUUUUUCUCUCUAUUGUUAGUAAUAGGUAUGAUUCAGGAGUUUGGUAGUGCUACAGACUGAAUAAUAGGAAGUAGGGGAGUCAUUUUGAGAGAGAGGGCUUCAGAUUGAAGUUAUGCCUAAAAACUACAUACAUAAUAGAGAUUUGUUCUUAAUUUAAGUCUUCUUUCAUUUAACAAAGCAUUUCAGGAAAAUGUACUUCAAAGUAAAAUGUCAUUACAUAAGAUUAUUCACAAUGGAAGGUAAGCUCCUGAAAUAUGUGGACAAAGUAUGCAAGCAGUGGGUCAUUUGAAUCAUGUGACAAAUAAUGGGAUGCUAUAUACCUUGUAGAAGACGGACAAUCUCACAAAUAUAAAAGAAUCAAAUAGGACCAUAUCCCAAGUUUUAUGGUCAUGUAACAGCAGCAGCAGAGUAGUAAGCAGUCAGCAAGUCAGGGACUGAGCUUAAAAAUAAUACAAGCUUACAACCAAACAAGAGUAAAAUGUGGACGGAUAUACAUUUCUUCAAGCGCAAUUUAGCAGCUAGUCAACCUAUAUUCCACCAGUCUUUUUUAAUCACUAGUGGUGGACGAAGUGCUCGUACGUUGGUACAAAUACAAAAGUAUUACAAUAAAAAUGUACUUAAAUUACAAAAAAUAAAAUUAUUCAUUAUAAAGAUCUAUUUCAGACUAAUAUAUUUUUCACUUAACACUAAAGGAGCAGCUGAUUUUAUUUUUGUACUAUAUACUGCUGGAUGGAUUGUGAAUUUAACCAAGGAUUCAAUAUACUUUUAUCUUCAUUUGUAAUAUCAUAUGAUAAAGUAUUUGUUGAUAGCACUUUUUCAUAUUCAACUAAAUCUUCAAAGUAAUUAAAGUUAUCAAAUAGUAACUGUCCACCACUGGUAAUUACCUACAACUUAGAGAAGUGACCCUAAUAUAUGCGAUGAAGAAUCCACUAAACACUGUGAGAAAAACACCUUCUGUCCUGUCUUCUGUAUGACCAUCAGUUAAGCAAGACUGCAUGUAUGACACCGACACUCAUAGUGUUUAUUCCUGAUGAAUAACUUGCUAGAAGCGUCCCACUGUGUCACCCGUACCCAACUCUUUCACUGCACUCUUGCCCCUUUUCUCCCUCAUUGACAAAAUCCAUUGUUGUCUUUACUCCCCAUCUAAAAAGCCAACCACUGUGCAGCACCUGGUACCUGUGCUUUUCACACGGUCCUCUUAUUCUGACACAAAGGAAAAAGAUAACAACUAACAACGUCACUGAUUUGCCAAAUAUAAUGUUUACGUUUUUACAGUACUGUGUAAAGUAAUUUAUAUGAUAUAGCUUUUUUGUAUGUAGAGGGACCACACUUAAUCUUUUAUUUUUCUUAGAUAUAGAAUAUAAUGUACGAGGAUCACCUCCUUCCUGCAAAACUGUGUAGUCUAAUCUAGUUAGGAUAGAGGAUGUUAGCUAUUCCUUCGUCAUCUUGCUCAUUGUAUUUUAUGUACCGUGGUAAUAAAAUACUAAAAUGUUGAAUCA